AUGUCGAACAACACCAACACCGAGCUGAGCGCUCGUGAGCAUCCCGCGCCCCCCGCACCAACGGCUGCUCAAGGGGAUCAUCAACCCGUCUUUGCACCACACUCUAAUUUUGUCAACCAACUUCCGCCAGUCUCCGACGGGUCCGGGGCUAAGAACUCAUCCGGCGCCGCUCCACAACCGCAUGGAUACAAUCACACGCAACUUCCCCAAGGCGAGGCCCACAUCCAUCCUGAAUUACGAUCCGGCCACGACUCACCCACGGCAGCCGCCCAUUUUGCCCCGAUACCUAACAUGAUCCCUCAAGGCGCGGUUGUGCAGCACUCGACACAAUCCGUCCCCAUGUCAGGCCCGCCUGCAGGUGUCGCCCCGGGAGUGGGGCCGGCGGGCUCGGAAGACGGUGCAGACGGCCGGAAAGCGAAGCGGGAGUUGUCUCAAUCUAAGCGCGCUGCGCAAAAUCGUGCCGCCCAGAGAGCCUUCCGGCAGCGCAAAGAAGGCUACAUAAAAAAGCUCGAACAGCAAGUUAGGGACUUUGCGGAUAUGGAGAAUAACUUCAAAAAUCUCCAGAACGAGAACUAUGCGCUCCGAGACUACAUCCUCCGCUUGCAAUCUCGCCUGUUGGAAACCCGCGGCGAGUACCCGCAGCCUCCCCCCGGCAUCAACCUUUCGCACCCCACCCCCUCCGGCCCUCAAGGUCACCACUCCGCCGUCCCCGAAGUGCCUCAACACGGGCUACCAGCACCACCCUCGGUGGCUGGUCCUUCUUCGGCCUCCGCCCCGGGCCCCACCCCCCUUGAAGCGGCCGCGCAAGCCGUUGCGGGUCUCACCAGGAGUGAGCACGUCAGCAGCGCACGCGACCACCCGUACGCCCAGCACCAUCACCAGCCACCGCCGCCACAGCCACAUCAACAGCAACAGCAACAGCAACAGCCCGGCCGCACGGAUGACGACAGGACGGCAGAGGAGAUCACGCGCCAGUUGCAGGCGGAUGGUAGUAGCCCGGAUGGUCUUCCCCCCGUACCAAUGUAG